UCCCAAGUAUAAGGAAACAUGAAGAUUAUUAUUUUGCUGGCGAUUGCCGUAUCAUGGGCAGUCGCCUUUCCUAGCGGUUUAGGUGGUCUUUUAGGUGGCUUACCUAUUCUAAAUAUAUUCGGUGGCGGCGGAAGUUGCACAGGUGGUGCACAUAAGGAUAAUUCACUGAUAUCGAUAUCAGCUAACAUUUUGGAUAGAGGAAAAGGAGGCAGUGGAGGAGGUAAUGGAGGAGCUGGAAUAGGAGGAAUUGGAGGAACAGGAAAUACUGGAGGAGGUAAUAAUGGAGGAGGAAAUACUGGAACAAGUGGCAAUGGAGGAGGAAAUACUGGAACAAGUGGCAAUGGAGGAGGAAAUACUGGAACAAAUGGCAAUGGAGGAGGAAAUACUGGAACAAGUGGCAAUGGAGCAGGAAAUAGUGGAGGAGAUGGUAAUGAAGGAGGAAGUACUGGAGACGGUGGUAAUGAAGGAGAAAAUACUGGAGGAAAUGAUGGAGGAAAUGGUGGAGGAAAUGGUGGAGCAAAUAAUGGAGGAAGUACUGGAGAAGGUGAUAAUGGAAAUUCUGGAAAAUGUCAUAAUGAAGGAGGAAAUACCGGAAGAGAUGGCAAUGAAGCUGGAAAUACUGGAAAUGAUAAUGAAACAGGAAAUAAUGGAAGAAGUGGUAAUGGAGCAGAAUAUGCUGGUGGUUCAGGUAGAACAAUAAGCAGUAGUAUAUCGAGUGCAAGUGGCAGAGCUUCCAACGUAAUUAACACCUGGUCCAGCAAAAAUGGAGCAUCAUCAAGUGCAGCUUCUUCGGCUUUUGCGCAAAGUAAAGCUGGCGCCGGCAAUAGUGGUUCCAGCGCAGCAGCGACUGCAAAUGCUGUAGCAUCGGCAAUAUCGAGCAGUAAUUCCGGUCAUAAAAAAUCAAUAGAUGACAACGAAAACGAUGAAAAUGAAAAAUCUGGAAAGAAUGAUAAUGGUAAAGGACAAUCCAAAGCGUCAGCGAGCGCUCAAGCGAAUGCUGCAGCGGAAUCAGAGAGCAAUGGUAAAGAAGGAAAUAGUAAAUCCAGUGCAGCAGCGAAUGCAAAUGCUAGUGCCGCAGCGGAAUCACGAAACAGAAAACGUAAUAAAGGUAAAAAAUCGAGCAAUUCGGAAGAGGAUUCGGAAGAAGAUGGAUCAGAGGAUGAUGGAAAAGAAAAAUCAAAUGCGUCAGCAGAAGGAAGGAGCAACGCUGAGUCAAACAGCAACGGUAAUAAAGAUUCGUCAAGCGCAUCCGCGGGCGCAAAUGCAAACGCAUCCGCGGAAUCAGAUAAAAAUGGUAAAUCUGAAAGUUCUUCGGACGCUUCUGCGAAUGCUAACGCAUCUGCAGAUUCGGAUGAAACAGAUUCCGGAGAAAAUUCAUCCAACGCAUCAGCAAGUGCAGAUGCCGAAGCAUCCGCUAACUCUAAGGGCAAAGGAAAAGGAUCGAACGCAUCGGCCAGUGCAGAUGCCGAGGCAUCGGCUGAAUCGGAAGGUAAAAGUGGAUCGGAAAAAGGUUCAUCGGGAGCAUCGGCAAAUGCAAAUGCAAAUGCUGAGGCAUCUUCACAAUCGAAGGGAAAAGAUAAAUCUGAAAAAGAUUCAUCAAGUGCGUCAGCGGACGCAGACGCUGAAGCGUCCGCAGAAUCUGAUGGAAAAGAUAGUUCCGGAAAAGGUUCGUCAAAUGCAUCAGCGAGUGCAGAUGCAGAAUCAUCGGCUGAUUCAGAAGAGGAGAGCAAAGGAUCAUCAGAUGCAUCAGUCAGUGCAGACGCAAGUGCAGCUGCAGAAUCAGAGAGCGAUGGUAAAUCCGGGAAAGGAUCAUCGAGUGCGUCAUCUAACGCAAAUGCAAGCGCGUCUGCGAAAUCCGGAGGGAAGGGAAAAUCCGGAGGAAAGAGAAGAUCCGGAGCUUCGUCGGCCUCGGCUGCCGCAACCGCAUCUGCGGAAUCCGGAGGCAAAGGAAAGAGCAUCUCGAGUGCCUCGUCCUACGCCGAAUCCUCUGCAUCCGGCUCGAAAGAUGACGACUCUAACGAUACAGCAGCGAGCGCAUUUGCGAGUGCGAAUAGCGCAGCAUCCGCAGCAGGAGAUAAAGCCAGUGCAUUUGCGGGAGCCGCUGCGAAUUCAAAAGCAGGUACGAUAACGCUGUAACGGAAAUAAUCAUGUAUAAACAGAUAUUCGCAUUCGAGGAUAAAUCAAUUUCGUGAAUUUUCCACAGCAUAUAUGUAUCUCAAUUUUUAUAUAA